GAGGUGGAGGCAGGCAUGCACAGCCCUGGAGUCAUGGCUGGGAGCAACCAGGCUGAGCAGAGGGGCCUGGGGGGGGGGGGAGGACCUGGCGGCCUGCGAGUGCGGGGUGCUGGGGCGCGGGUUCUGGGGAGCCCCUCUUGCCUCCCGCCCUCUCCCUGCAGGUGGGUGCCCCGGUUGCUGCAGCUGCUGCAGCUGCUGCAGCUGGGAGCCUGGGGUGCGCGGGCUGCAGCCCCCCGCUGCACCUACACCUUCGUGCUACCCCGGCGGGAGCUGGCGGGCGCCGUGUGCUGGGGGGGCACCCCGGCCCCUGCCCCCCGGGACCCCCCGGCCGCCGAGGCCACCGAGCUGGCCGCACUGCGCCUGCGCGUGGGCCGCCACGAGCAGCUCCUGCGCGAGCUGCAGCGCGUGGCCGCGGCCGACGGCGCCGUGGCCGGCGAGGUGCGCGCGCUGCGCAAGGAGAGCCGCGGCCUGAGCGCGCGCCUGGGUCAGCUGCGCGCGCAGCUGCAGCGCGAGCCGGGGGCGGGGCUGGCGGCAACCUCGGAGCCCGCGCCGGGGGCGGAGCCUGAACAGGGGGCGGGGCCAACCUCGGGGGCGGAGCCUGCUGCGGCGCUGGCCCUGCUCGGCGAGCACGUGCUCAAUGCCUCCGCCGAGGCCCAGCGCGCGACUGCGCGCUUCCAGCAGCUCGACGACCGGGUUCGAGACCUGGCGCAGCUCGUGAGUCAGCAGAGCGACCUCAUCGCCCGCUUAGAGCGUCUGUGCCCCGGGGGCCCGAGCGGGCAGCAGCAACAGGUCUUGCCACCACCUCCGGUGCCCGUGGUUUCUGUGAGCCUAGUGGGUGGCACUGGCGAAAACAGGGGAACAGACCCUGAACCCCAGAGAGAACAGACCCUGAAGCAGCCAGGGCCCCUGGCCUCACCCCUGCCUUCAGGGAAUCCGGCUGUCCCCACCAAGCCAGCCGGUUCGUGGCAGGACUGUGCAGAGGUGCAUCGGGCGGGCCACAGGCAGAGCGGUGUGUUUGAGCUGCACUUGGGCCGCUAUGUGGUGUCGGCCUGGUGCGAGCAGCAGCUGGACGGCGGUGGUUGGACGGUGCUUCAGAGGAGGCAGGACGGUUCCGUCAACUUCUUCACCACCUGGCAGCACUACAAGGUGGGCUUUGGGCAGCCUGAUGGAGAAUACUGGCUGGGCCUCGAACCGGCGCACCAGAUGACCAGCCGCAGGGACCACGAGCUGUUGGUGUUACUGGAAGACUGGGGGGGCCGUGGGGCCCGGGCCCACUAUGACAGCUUCUCCCUGGAGCCCGAGAGCGACCACUACCGCCUGCGGCUUGGUCAGUACCACGGGGAUGCCGGGGACUCUCUAUCCUGGCAUAGUGACAAGCCUUUCAGCACCGUGGACAGGGACCGGGACUCCUAUUCUGGUAACUGCGCCCUGUACCAGCGUGGAGGCUGGUGGUAUCACGCUUGUGCCCACUCCAACCUCAACGGGGUCUGGCAUCGUGGGGGCCACUACCGCAGCCGCUAUCAGGAUGGGGUGUAUUGGGCCGAGUUCCGGGGAGGGGCUUACUCGCUCAAGAAGACGGCCAUGCUGAUCCGACCCCUGAGGCUGUGA